UUAUCUUUAUCGGUUACAAUUUUGGGCUCACACACCGCCUAAUUCUCGUGAUUCGGACCAUUAAGUACCAAAUAGACAUUCAAAUGUUGAGGCGGAGACGUGCGGAGGAUGCCGACCUGGAUCCAAAAGGAUAUCGUCUGCGGAUGGUGGCCUGAAUUAAAAGCCACUGGCCCCCGCAUCUAAGAGGUUCUUUUGCUUGCUUUUAUUUUGCAGAAGGCCCAGUAACACUCAAAAAUUCUACAACCAAAUAUAAACGAUUAGUUGAGUCUGCAUCAUGGCUACCUUGACAGAGAGCCUCUCCUCAAGGGGAGUAGGAGAGGUUCCAACCUCAACCACGAUGAACAUCAGCCACGAGCCAAGUGAUGGGCGGGUUUCUUCAACGUCUGCCGAUGAGAGCCCGGGCCUCACAACGUUUUCCCUAUUCUCACUUCUCCCCGCGGAGAUCCGUCUCAAGAUAUGGCGUCUCUCAUUCUUUCCUCGUACAGUCGUCCUUCACACCCGCCGCACCCACUAUGCUGAUGACAACCACCGAGACCAACCCAAGUGGCAAUCACGCUCCUUCAACCCUGUCGCUCUUUCGGUCUCUGUGGAAGCCCGCCAGGCAGCUCUCAGGCACUAUAAUGUUGCGCUUCCCCUUCACGCUCCUACCGUCCGACACCACCUCCUAGACCCAGAGAUCAAUUCGGAACGGCCUGGAGACCUCCUUCCUUCCCGCUCGCUGUAUCUCAACCUAGAGCAUGACACAGUCGCCUUGCUCGGUGAUCUCCAUUACACCCGGUUGACGAACCUGUUGGAUUGGCUCCGAAAGACGGGUGCAUCCCUUCUGAGGAACCAAAAGGGUAAGGCAAGGGGGCUGAGAAGGUUGUCAAUGAGCAUGGCUCCCUGGGCUCACCCAGUGGGGGCAGCCACUCUCAAAGCCUUUUCGCGGACCAUUUUUGCCGACCUGGACGAGUUUAUCUUGUUUCUAUAUGCAGAGCGCGUGCCGCCGGCCGAGUGGAAGGGCGGUAAAUGCGUGCUGCAGCAAGCGAGUGUCGAUACUGAUUACUAUCGCCGCUUCCUCCUGAGCAGAGGCAAGCAGUUUGUUGAUGGGGAAGGGUGGAUGAAGGUUGGCAAGAAGCCCAUGAAGGUGGCCGAGAUUCAGUUUGUGGAUGGGUGGUGACUUAUUACUCU